GAUUAGUCAGCCUGUUUUCAUUGUAGGGCUUUUUGCGCAAGCGGUUAUAUCCUUCUUCACAGGGAAGAGAAGAGCCGAUUUCAGCAGGUCCCACGAAGACAAACAAAGAACCACACCCGGUAUUGUAUGACAGGACUGGAUCGAUCACGUAAACACAGUCAACCACACAGCUAGCUGCAGAGAUCUGCGCAACAAGUAUCCAGACUGGAAUCCAAAUGUCCCAAGGAGGGACCCGUCUCAAGGUCAGGAUGCCUGUGCCACCUGGCAGUCCCUAGAACGCUCUCCCUCCCGCUCAGUCUCCCGUUCCUUGUCCUGGUCCCCCUCCCCCACCCCCCCCUCCGGACCGAAGCAGAAGGAUCUCUCCGCCCACCUCCCAUGGACACGCCCACCACACCUCUGGUCGGCACAGCCCCUCCCAGUCCCAUCGGGGUUCUGCCUCCAGCGCUCACAGGCCGGAGAAGAGAACAAGCGAAUCCUCAGGGAUAUCUACUGGGAGCUCCUCUCGAGAAGGCCUGAAGCGUUCCAGAAAUGACCCCGCCAAGUGUGCGACUGGCCACGGCAACAGAGCAGGGGUUUCUGGGAAACACGAGUCCGGGAAACGUGAGUCCUAUUUGUCGUCCACCAGCAAGUUUCCGGCGUCCAUGUCUGAGAAGCCACAUCGCCCAUCUUCCUCUAAGCCAGGCGCCAAGCCAGCGGCCGGGAAGGAGACCGCCUUAGGACAGGACUCAGAGCUCCAGUCCUCCAACGCGCCACAGAAGAAGCCGAAUCCAACGCAGCAGAAGAAGAAUCCUCCAGGUUCCUACUUGCUCUAUCUGUCAGGCCUCCCUGUAGAUGCCAAGUACCAGGAAGUGGUGUCACUGGUGCAGUCCUUUGGCAAGGUCACCAAUGUCCUCAUCAUCAGGAACGAGGAGGGGGAUGAGAACCAGGGGCAGCCGCAAUACAGUAAAGCCACUGUUUGCAUGCAGAAAGAGCAGGAUGCGAAAGCACUGGCUGAGUGCCUCACUCUCACCAUACGGGAACACCCCAUCUCUGUCUCCGACCAGAAUGGCGAGGAGGAGCUUACUUCCUCCAUACCUGUCAUUAUAAAGGGAGAAGUGAUCGGUGCUCCCAAGACACCUGCAGCCCCCAACGAGGCCAACUUGACCGUCAAAGUCCCAGAAGCCAGCGUUGGUCAGAAGAAUUCAAAUGAGAUACACAGGGAGCAGGUGAAGCCACAGAGGAAGAGGAAGAGGGGCUGUAGAGCGGGACAGCUCGAGAGACUCAAAAGACUACAGAGGGAAAACAAGAGGGGCAUGGUCAAGAUUACUGGACUUCCUGAAAGCGGCUGCUCCGAGAUUGAUAUCGCAAAGCUGGCCCAGCCCUUCGGUACACCUGUCAAGAUCCUCCUCAUCACCAAGCCCAGUGAGGCUCUGGUCACCAUGCAGGAUGUGGAGACAGCCCAGGAGAUGGUGAAAGUUUACACCGACAUGCCUGUCUGCAUCAACGACUCUGUUCUGAACAUGAGCCUGCUUCCAAACCUCCUGGUGGACUUCAACAGACCGGUGGCACUUUUCCAUUCAUUGAUGGGACCCAGGAAUCCUGUUAGUAAGGCGGAGGUGGGAGGUGAUGAUGACUGGAACCGUCUCCUGGUUGUCAGUAACAUCCCGGCCACGCCCUCCGGCCCAACAGAGAUCCAGAAACUGGUCCAGCGCUUCGGCACAGUCCAACAGACUCUGGCACUCAAGGACAAGAUCAUCUUUGAGAUGGGAACAGCAGACAUGGCCAAGAGUGUCUUCAACCGCUUCCAGAAGUUUCCCUGCAUAGUUCAGAACAACAAGCUUGCCUUCUCCUGGAAACCUGAUCCCAAGACUGAUCUACCUAAAGUCGACAUCUCCUCUGCCGGCUCAACAGCUUCAACUGAUGGCAAUGACUCCCAGACUGCAGAGACCACUAUGCCCCCUGGUGGCCAGGAGGACUCACUGUCUCAGUCAGGAUUAAAGGUGGAGUCAGGAACCGGGGUUGAUACUAAGGUUGAAGGACAGGAGGUUCAGCCAGGGAAUGAAGGGAUAAACGUUGAAAAAGGGGUUCAAGCCACAAAGUCUCCAGCAUUAGGAGGAAAGGAUCAAGAGAAGGAGCCUGAUGCAUCUUCCUUACAGCCAGCAGGAGUGAACCAGAGAGAACCUGGAGGUCAGGGUGGAGAGGUCGUCACAGAGAAAGUUGUAGACGUUUCAACAACGGAGUCCGAAGAACCAGUCUCCUCAGAUGCUACCUCCGCUCCUCAAGCUGCUAAACCAGAGACAGAGAAAAUUUAUGUUUCCAGUUCCACAACAGCCACCCCAGCCCCAAAAGUGAUGGCAGCCAUCAUAGAGGCCUUACGACAGGAGAGCAGGAACAGAUCCUCUACCAGGAUUACCACCGACCAGGCUGCAGCUGAGAAUCCUCCCGGUAAACAACCAAAAGAUAAGGAGACUCCAGAUGUUCAGGCUGCCCCCGCUCUACCCAGAGUGACCCCAGAGAUCCUGAAGGUGCUGCUGGAGGAGUGCAGGGUCCGGUCCACCAGUAGGGCCGGCGCUGAGCAGGCCAGGAAGGAGCAGGCUCAGGCGCCCCCUGCAGGCCAAAAGCCAUCCACUGGAAACCGAAGAGACCACAGUGGAGACAGGGAGCCUGGAAGAGAGCAGGCCACCAAGAGGAAGACCCGUGAGGAGGAAAGGGAGGAGAGGGAGAGGGAGAGAGCGAGGAGGGAGAGGAGGCUGAAGACCCAAGAGGAGGAGAAGGAGAAAGGAAGGUGGGAGAGAGAGAAGAGGCGGUCCUACAGGGAACGGUCAUCAGGAUCACCGGGGUCCCGGUCCUCUAUGAGGUAUGAGGGGAACCGGCACAGUGGGAAGAGCGGCGCCAGGUCUGAGUCCAGGAGAGGAAACGGAGAGGAGAAACAGCAGGAAGAGGAUGAGUUAAGUGAGAAGCACGUCCCCUUCGACAUGGAAGACUUUGUGACUGUGGACGAGGUGGGGGAAGCAGCUGCGGUGCCCCGUCCUCUCUCCGAGACAACCACAGACGUGACUGAGGUUACAGAGGUGACCGUCAACGACCCUGUGACCACAGCCUCUGAGGCGGAGCAGCAGGCACCAGCUGACACUACAUCAAUGGAGUUGGAGGGUGAGCCUGGGACAGGUACGGGAGGACGGGAGGAAGCGCUGGACAAACGAGAACAGAAGGAGGAGGGGUUGUCCCCAGCAACCACAGAGGGGCCGGUGAAGACUGCAGAGGGACCUGGGGACGUGACAGAGGAGACGUUUCCAGACUGUCAGGAUGACGUCAAAGAGCCUGUGGUCACUGUGCCGAAGACAAGCUGCGACGAGGUCACUGAGGAGUCCACAACCACAGACGCACCUGACGCCGCUGGAGAAGAGGAACGGGAUGGACGAGUGGAGGGCCUCAACAUGGGGACGUUUCUGACGGUGGACGAGGUGGGACAGGUGGAGGAGGACGGGGAGAAGAGGUCUGCUGAGAACGUGGAGUCGAAGCGAAGGAGGACAUCUCAGGAGGAGAGAGAGGAGGAGACGGCGAGGAGGAAGAUGAAGAUGGAACCCCUCUUUUAUAAAGACUACAGCAUCCCUCCCUUCAACCCUGACAGCCCUGUCGGCAUGGAGUUUCUGGUCCCCAAGUCAGGCUUCUUCUGCAAGGUGUGUUCUAAGUUCUACAGCGGAACUGACGAGGCUGAGAAGAACCACUGCAAGACCCUCAAACACCAUCAGAACCUGGUGAAAUCCCUGGAGAAGUGGAGAGUGAAGAAAGACUGAGUCCGUGAUGAGCUGAAGGGUUAAAUAUUGACUGUCUGUGUCCCAACCACUGACUGAUUCAUUCCUCUCUUAACUCUUUUCCCACUUCCUUGUUUUUGCUUUCCUUCCCCAUGGGUCCAAACUCACUCACACAACAAUAACUGUUUAUUUGUGUUAGUUAUUUUCCCAUGAUAUAGAAGAGAAGUGACUCAAUAGAGAGAAAUUAAAGUAGAAACCAGUGUACAAUGAAAAUAAAGUGUUUUAUUCAAUCGCUGUGUCUUUGUUUUGAAAUUGAAACUAUCCUUUGAAGACAUGUUUACCAGAGUCACCUUUUACCCUUAUUCAAUACAACUUUAUUCAUCCCCACCAGGGCAAUUCUGUCUCUACUUACGCAUUAUCCUGAUUUGAAUACUGUUAAUUCAGCAGUGUGGUGUCCAUGCACACGAAGGGAAAUGUACUGAUUUCCAUGUUCAACUCAUGCAUGGACCAUUAGCUUCCCCUAGCCAUAGCACAGCUAGCCACUGUGCUAAAACAGCUAACCUCAUGUUAACAUGGAAAUAUAUUAGACUUGGCUUUAGUUAAGGUAUCGUGCUCUUUUAUAUACUGUAGCUAUUUCAAAUCCAUACAUUCCAAUGGCUCACUACUUCACUGCAACAGUUGAUUUCUGUAAAAGAGAAUUGUGUCAACAUAAAUAAAUUAAAACAAACAAAA